AUGGAGGACGACCGUGCAGAGGUAGAUCUCGGCAUUGCGGCCGACAUCGAGCAAACACAAAUUGCUGCAGAAGUUACUGCAGAUCCAGGAUUGAAGCAGCCGAAGAAGCGAUUUGUUGGUCGCAGGACGGCGGCUCAGGCAGCGCAAAGCGGCUCUUGUGGUGGUGAUGCCCCAGCAGUGACAAGCGGGGCUCCGAAACGGGCCCCUCGUCUGCUCAACCAGGUGCCCCAAGAGUUGUUAGAUGACACCGAGCUCAAGGAGGCCAUAAGUCUGCUACCAGCAAACUAUUCUUUUGAGAUCCACAAGACUAUUCACAGAAUCCGUUCCUUGGGGUCCAAGAGGGUUGCGCUGCAGAUGCCCGAAGGCCUCCUCCUCUUUGCGACCACCAUAUCAGACAUCCUGACACAGUUCUGCCCGGGCAUUGAGACGCUCAUCAUGGGUGACGUGACCUACGGCGCGUGCUGCAUCGAUGACUACACAGCCCGGGCCCUGGGUUGCGAUCUGCUAGUCCACUACGCACACAGCUGUCUGAUUCCUGUGGAUGUUACAAAGAUCAAGACCUUGUACGUCUUUGUCGACAUCAGCAUCGACACGUCGCACUUGUUGGCAACUUUGGAGCGCAAUUUCGCUUCUCCUCGCACUAUUGCCCUAGUUGGCACUAUUCAGUUCAACGCCACCAUUCACGGCGUGAAGUCUACGCUAGAGAAGGCUGGAUUCUCUAUUGUUGUCCCUCAGAUUGCACCUCUUUCCAAAGGCGAAAUCCUGGGUUGCACAUCUCCGGAUUUGACACGACGCCCUGGCGCAGCCGAGACACCAAUAGAUAUGAUCUUGUAUCUUGGUGAUGGCCGCUUCCAUCUUGAGAGCAUUAUGAUACACAACCCAGACAUCCCGGCCUACCGUUACGAUCCCUAUUCCCGCAAACUCACGCAUGAAGAGUACGGCCAUACGGAGAUGCAGGACCUGCGGCGGCAGGCCAUCCGCACAGCCAAGACAGCUCGCAAGUGGGGGCUCAUUCUCGGCUCACUGGGGAGGCAAGGCAACCCCCAUACGCUAGAGCUUAUUGAGCGCAAACUGACCGCGCUUGGAGUCCCCUUUGUGAAUCUGUGUCUCAGUGAGAUCUUCCCUGGAAAGUUGGCUGCUAUGGGGGACGUUGAAUGCUGGGUACAAGUUGCCUGUCCCCGUUUGAGUAUAGACUGGGGUUAUGCAUUCCCACGCCCGCUGCUCACUGCCUAUGAAGCCUUGGUUGCUUUAGGGGAGAAAGAAGACUGGGGCAAGGGGGUGUAUCCCAUGGAUUAUUAUGGAAAAGAAGGAUUGGGCAGGACUAAACCUCUUAGUUCCAUCGAGACGAUAGUAACCUAG